GCAGUCAGAAUCAUGACAAAAAAAACCGUGCAGCAGAUUCGCUGCACAUUUAUUGGAACUCCUCAAAUCCUCUAGAAACCUCCCUGGGCAGUAAGCACCUCCCUGUGUCCUGCACAUCCACCCCUGUCCUUACUCCACCCCACUCCAACCCCUCCUUUCUCUCGGUGUUAUUCCGCCGGUCCAGCGGUGCGCUCAAAAAGCCAGAGCGCAGACAGAGCGCAGUGGAUGCUCCAGAGCAGAAACAGCAGCGAGAAUAACAAACGACAAAGACACACCGGAGGAAACCCUUUGGAGUUGCGCGCGAAGACAGUAAGAGAAAGGUGCAGACUCAACACUAUCGUCCCAUCAGCGGUAAAAGUAGAACAGCAGAGGGAAAACGGAGCGCCAGUUCGUCCCCCCUCUUCAGCACCGCAGGGAGGAGACACGCAGAAGAGGAAAGAUUCCCCCGAACGCAGUGAGAGCCUCGGACGAGGAGAAGAGGAGAGCGGAGGGCAUCGGAUAGGCAACAAGGAUGGCAGCUCCAGACUUAUUGGACCCUAAAUCCGCCACUCACAACACUAAGCCCCGCCUCUCCUUCUCCACAAAGCCAAUGACACUGACGCCUCCGGAGGAGAGCGAGGUGGUUGCCACAGUGAUGAAGUGGAAGACGGUGACAGCCAUCUUUCUUUUGGUGGUUCUGUACCUGGUGAUGGGAGCAGCAGUCUUCAGAUCCCUGGAGCAGCCCCAUGAGAGUGAACAGCGUUUGGCCAUCCUGUCCCAGAAGCUGCAGUUCCUUUCCAGACACUCCUGUGUCAACCAGAGCCAGCUGGAGGAGCUGGUUAAGCAAGUUGUGUCCGCCAUCCGUUCAGGAGUAAACCCUGCAGGAACAAUGACCAACAACAGCAGCCUGUGGGACCUGAGCUCUGCCUUCUUCUUUGCUGGGACUGUCAUCACAACCAUUGGUUUUGGGAACAUCUCUCCCCACACCGAAGGCGGGAGAAUAUUCUGCAUUGUCUAUGCUUUGUUAGGGAUACCGCUGUUUGGCUUCCUUUUGGCCGGUGUAGGAGACCAGCUCGGCACCAUAUUUGGCAAGGGCAUUGACAAAGUGGAGAAGAUGUUCGUGCAUGGGGAGAUCAGUCAGACAAAGAUCUGGGUCAUAUCCACGCUGCUGUUCGUGCUGUUUGGCUGCCUGCUGUUUGUGGCCCUCCCGGCAGCCAUCUUUAAACACAUUGAGGGCUGGUCUGCGCUGGAGUCCCUGUACUUUGUCGUCAUCACCUUGACUACUAUUGGUUUUGGGGACUUUGUGGCAGGUGGGUCAGAUAUUGAGUACAUGGACUACUAUAAACCAGUCGUGUGGUUCUGGAUUCUGGUUGGGCUGGCCUACUUUGCUGCUAUCCUCAGUAUGAUUGGAGACUGGCUGAAAGUCAUCUCCAAGAGAACAAAAGAGGAGGUUGGAGAGAUCCGGGCGCAUGCUGCAGAGUGGACGGCAAAUGUCUCUGCAGAGUUCAAAGAAACCCGUCGUCGUGUUAGCAUUGAGAUCCAUGACAAGUUCCAGCGUGCUGCAUCAAUCAAACGCAAGCUGUCCUCAGAGCUGGGAUUUAGCCCGGCUCCCGAGGUCACCCUGCCCAAGCGGGUUGUGUCUGUCAAUUUCAACAAUGAACGGGACAAAAACGAGAAGGAGGCCGGACUGCACGGAUUGACACCUUCGGCCAUAAAUGGCGCUUUGGUCUUGAACGGACCGGAUCUGGAGAGAGGCGAGAUCUCAAUUAUUGAGCACCUCAAGUAGCAGAAGGACUGUCGGCACCUCUCAAGAUCCUUCCAAGGUCUCUCUGUUUGUCAUAACUGGUGGUACAAGGCAUUGCUUGAGAAUUCAGAAAUCAAAAUAUUGAAAGUGGCCCCAGCAGAAGACAUCUUCAACGUGAAAGAGGAGUCAAAGCCUUGCUUGAUAACACUUGCACACAUAUUCCACUUUACCAUCCUCAACCCCAACAAUGAAAGAGCGUGAACAACAUACAGAACUGUAUUUUUUGGUGUUUGUCAACUAAAUCUUACAGAAGUUACAUUUAAGGACAUACUGAAAAGCUAGGAAAUCUGGAAAUCUGCAUUUGUCUGUCUUCAUAACUGAAACAACUAAACAUAUUUGUUUUUGCUUUGUUUUUUUCACUAUUGCUCAGUCAGUCUAGAGGCAAGCAGGCGUUAAUGAGAGACAGAGGAGUAUAAUAUCCAACAAAGGUCCCUGGCUCGUAAUAAACCCAGGACAUACUCAGUCACUGUGCUGCUGUUAUGAUAAUGACAAUCACAGCCUGCUGUUAACGAAGACCAUAAACACCAUUUAAGAGGCGUAUAUUUAGAAAAACAUACUGGCAUUAGAAUUGUAAAAGUCAGUCAAUCUGAUGAGGAGGAUGUCUGUAGAUUGUAGUAGGGGCCUUCUGUAUUUAGAAGUAAACCCAUAUGGGAGCAUGUUUGUGUAAUUUUCUACUAUUGUUGUCAAGAGUGAAAUAUUUGCAGUUUUAAUUCUGCA